UUGCUUCCUUCUGAAUUCAUGGCUUACGCUGGGAAAACAGUCACGCUUCUGGAUGUCGAGCGCAUGUCUAGGCUGUUCACCAAAAUAUUUGUGUGCAAGUUAGGCCCACACACCAGUUGUCGUGCCCUGCACGACGACCUUACAGUGGCAUUAACAACCAAGGUGGUUCAAAAUGCGAGAGAUUAUGCAUUUCUAUUUCUGGUCAUUGUAAGGUGCCUGCAGAUUGAAGCUCGUUUCUGCAUGUCCCUGUAUCCCGUGCCUCUCGACGCUGUGCAGCUGUUGAAGACUGACGUAAAACCCGGAAGAAAAGCUCCGGAAGGAAACCCGGAGAUCGAAGCUCCUAGCAAAAAAAAGGCUCAAAGGGUGCCCAGCGAAUCUGAUGAGGUGGACAGUGACUUCGAAGUUGCGAAGCCGAAGAAGGCACCAGGCAAGAAAAAGGUUCACGAUGAUUCAUCAGCCAAGAAGUCUGGGAAGAAAGGAAAGACUGCAGAAGAAAAUGCACAUAGACUUGCACAAGACAUAAACGACAGUAUUGAACACUGGGUCGAAGUGUUUACUCCAAAGGAUUCAAAAUGGAUUGCAGUUGAUGUAGUUCAUGGAUCAGUUGGCAGCAUAACGGAGAGCAACAUUCGAGAACCGUUGUACUACAUUGUCAGCUUUGAUAACAGCAACAAGGUGAAAGACAUUACGAGGAAAUACGCCUCAGGUUGGUUAACAUCGGUCAAAAAGAAGAGGAUCGAUCCAAAAUGGUGGGAAGAGUCCUUAAGCCUUUCAGUCCCACCGACUGAGCGAGAGCGUGUGGAAAAUACCCAAAUACAGUCCAAGCUUCAACGGCAGCCAAUGCCUGCAAGCAUUGCUGAGUUCAAGAACCAUCCUCUGUAUGCCUUAAAGCGUCACCUGCUGAAAUUCGAAGCCAUCUAUCCGCCAGAUGCCCCGACUCUUGGAUUUGUACGAGGAGAGCCUGUUUAUGCAAGGGAGUGCAUUCACACACUGCGCUCAAGGGAAACGUGGCUUCGAGAAGCACGCAUGGUGCGCAUCAAGGAGCAGCCAUACAAAAUUGUCAAGGCCAGGCCAAAGUACGACAAGUUUUCUGGGCAGAUACUUAAGGAGCAGCCCCUGGAGCUGUUUGGCCAUUGGCAGACUGAGCCAUACAUGCCACCUAUUGCCUUCAAUGGCAAGGUGCCCCGCAACGAGUGGGGCAAUGUGGAACUCUUCAAAAGCUGCAUGCUCCCUGUUGGCACUGUGCACCUCAGAGCUCCUGGGCUGGCUCGUGUAGCUUCUAAGCUGAACAUCGAUUGUGUUCCUGCUGUCGUUGGCUUCGAAGGUCACUGUCGUGGCGUCCACCCAGUGUUUGACGGAUGGGUUGUGUGCGAAGAGUUUAAAGAUACACUGAUGGCUGCUUGGGAAGAGGAACAAGCAAACAUCAGCAACCGUGAAGAAGAGAAACGUCUGAAAAGAAUAUAUGGAAAUUGGAAGAAGCUGAUUAAAGGAGUUCUCAUCAAGGAGAAGUUACGGAUGAAGUACAUGAAUGAUGACUGAAGGAGCAUCAAGAAUUUCUCAUUGUUACUUGACUGCCAUAUGUACCACAUUUAUUUCUGCUUCUUCACUUUGCAUUAUUCUCUCAUUAAUCACUGCUACUACACACUUGUAAAUUAUGUACAUAUCUAACUGCACAAUAA